AUGCUCGACAUCACAGUAACAGGAAACCACCGAGAGAUUGGUCUCGCAGUGGGCCAACAGGCCGCAGCGCAGGUUGCUGGAUCAAUUGACUUUUAUCGUGUCUUAUUCAAGGCCUUUAACGACUUGGAAUGGACCACGGUGCGCGAGAGGACCGCUGAGUUCCAGCCAUUUCUCAAGGCCAAGUUCCCACGGUACUAUGAGGAAAUAGAAGCGAUUGCAGAGGGUGCCCAAUUGGACUUUCUGGACGUACUCGCUCUGAACAUUCGCAGUGAAAUUGCCUUUGGGCUUUUUGACGAAAACUCAAGACGACCGAUGGCCCUUGAGGCGAUUGAUGGUUGUACCACUCUGGGCUGGAAAACCUCUAGUGGCUCAACGUUCCUGGCGCAAAACUGGGAUUGGAAGAGCAAACAGAAGCCCAAUUUGAUUAUUCUGCGCGUCAAUCCCAAGGGAGUCCCCGGUAUGGACCUGCCGUCUUUUCAGAUGAUAACGGAAGCCGGAAUCAUCGGCAAAAUCGGAUUCAAUGAACACGGUGUCGGCUGCCUCCUCAAUGGUAUCCGCGCUAAGGGUCUGGAUCCAGAACGCAUGCCCAUUCACUUUGCUCUUCGUACCGUAUUGGAAUCUAAGACAAAAAGAGAAGCUUUGGAUAAGAUCGAAUCUUUUGGGUUGGCCGGGAGCAGCCAUAUACUCUUGGGUGACGAUACCGGUCCAACGGGCCUUGAAUGCACGAGUAUCGGAUUCCAGGAGCUACCAGCUGAUGAUCUCGGCCGUGUUGUUCAUGCCAACAAUCUCAUACUGAAGCACGAAGGAGUGUUCGAGCCUCUAUGGCUUGAGGAUUCGCCUAAGCGUACCGCUCGGCUCCAAGAGCUCGCGACGAAGGAAGUCGGCGAAAAAGCGAGUCACGACACGCUUCUUGAGCUGUUUAAGGACGAGCAAAAUUUUCCCGCUUCUAUCAACCGGCGCCAGCACGGUAACAAUGAUUCAAAUACGCUAUUCAAUGUUGUAUAUAAUAUCACUGAGAGAAAGGGAAUAAUCUCCAUGGGUAGACCAACAGAAAUAGAGGAGCAGAUAGAGAUAGGGUUCUAA